UAAUUUAUUUCAAAGGCUUCGAGUUUCUCGGCGAGCACAGCCUAAAAGCUUUUGUUGCUUUCUGCAUAAUGGAAGGGCCUUAAGCUUCUCUCUUUCUCUUUCUCUGUCUGUCUUUGCUUAGCUCUGCUUUGUUGCAUUCUUUUUAUUUUUAUUUUUUGUUCCUUUGAGAAUUUUGGACAAGCGUUAGUCGGCCUUCUCUUCAUUUCUUUCAUUGUCUGAUCCACAAGAGCGAGCUCUUCAGAAAGUGAAGUUUAAAAUAUUAAAGUCUUGAUGACUCCACCACUGCUGGGUGGUGAAGAAGAAGGGCAGAGCAAUGCGUCUCUGGUGGCUUCGUCACCCUCUAUAGACUGCAUCUCCUCCCAGAAUGGCUUGGGACUAAAAGAACGAAAUUACCUGGGAUUAUCAGAUUGCUCUUCUGUUGACAGCUCCACAGUGUCUAGCUUGUCAGAAGAAAGCAAGAACAAUAUGAAUUUUAAGGCCACGGAGUUGAGGCUUGGUCUUCCUGGAUCCCAAUCACCGGAAAGGGAAACUGAGCUUUGCUUGCUUGGUUCUGGGAAGCUUGAUGAGAAACCACUGUUUCCUUUGCUUCCUUCAAAAGAUGGGAUCUACUCCUCAUCGCAGAAGAAUGUUGUUUUGGGCAACAAAAGGGGAUUCUCUGACACAAUGGAUGGGUUCUCAGAGGGCAAGUUUUCUGGUAACCCAGGUAUAAAUGCGAUGCUACCAUCCAGGCCAUCUGGAGCUCAGCCAACCAUAAUGAAAGAGGUGCCCACGAAGGUGUUACAAGAAAGGUCUCGUGUUACCAAUGUAACCAGCCCUAACCAUGUCAAUGCUUCUAACAAUAGUGCUCCAGCUGCUAAGGCGCAGGUUGUUGGUUGGCCACCAAUUAGAUCAUUCAGGAAGAAUUCGUUGGCCACCACUUCGAAGAACAAUGAUGAAGUGGAUGGAAAACCAGGUCCUGGAGCUCUUUUUGUCAAGGUUAGCAUGGAUGGCGCUCCUUAUCUGAGGAAGGUAGAUCUGAGAACUUAUUCUGCGUAUCAAGAAUUGUCAUCUGCUCUUGAGAAGAUGUUCAGCUGCUUCACCAUAGGCCAAUGUGGAUCCCAUGGAGCUCCAGGGAGAGAAAAACUGAGUGAGAGUAAGUUAAGAGAUCUUCUUCAUGGAUCAGAAUAUGUGCUUACAUAUGAGGAUAAAGAUGGUGACUGGAUGCUUGUUGGGGAUGUUCCAUGGGAAAUGUUUAUUGAUUCAUGCAAGAAGUUGAAGAUCAUGAAGGGUUCUGAUGCCAUUGGCCUAGCUCCUAGGGCGGUGGAAAAAUCGAAGAACAGGAAUUAGCUCGUGUCUGAAAAUGACUGCUUUCUGGCUGCUGAAUUCUGAAGUCAAAGAUCUGAAAGUGUGGGAAAGAGGAGGAAGGUGCUAAAGUUGGAGUGGAUGGCGUCGGCUGGAAUGCGGUUCAUGAUUUCAGAAAAACGUGCGUGUCUUGUCUUUGUUGAUGUUUUGAUUUGCAAGAGAAGAAGAUGAAAAAAAGUAAAGCCGGUCUAUUAUGUCUGAAUGUUGAUUUGUUCCAGGAUGGACUUCGUUAAAGUGAUUAAAAGAUUGUUUAAGUGUUUGUGAAGUUUCAUAAUCUUUUACAGUCAUUAAGGUGUUUUGUAUCUGAAUGAAUCUAAUACAUCCUUGAAGAUGUGGAUAUUUGUGUUUCUCCAUCAACCUUCUAUCGACUUUAAUUGUGCUA